AUGAAGCACUCUUCGCAGGAGGUAGGCAGAGCAGGCCAAAGGAACGGGAAGAAGGGGUAUACGGACAACUAUACCGUCGUCCCGAAUAUACACGCUUGGAUGGUAUGGUCUCACCUUUACAGAGGCGUAGAGUGUGUCGCCAUAGCUAAGGAAAUUCAAACGGUUGAGCUUGUUCCCUUUUACUCUCGAGAUUCGCCGGACCAAACCGAGGAAGAUUGGAUACGACAUUUUGUACGACCGCACCUCACAAAUCCCACCUUCUUCCAAGCAUUUAAAGAAGGCUGGAAGAUGGAGUUAGCGAAGAGCUGUACGAAGAAGGGGCCGAUUAGUCUCCCUUUUCCAAAAGGUCCUGUUCGUACAAUCCGUGACCUAUUUCACCCCCCCACACCACUCUUUCAGCCCGACGGGUAUAAGCCUGUUAAUAUUUACGUGUGUUUCUACGCACCUCUUGAGGAGAUAGAAGAGGAUGUCACUCCGGUGAAAAAGGGGCGCACUCCUCGGAGGAAAGGGGGGGCCAAUACUCGCACGAACAGGGAGUCAAGCGCGGAUACUGUUCCCGUGAAGGCGGAACCGAUUGACGAACCCUUACUUAUCACUAACAAGAAUUUUAUCGAUCCUUCGUCGCCGUACGAGAGGGACAGCUUCAGAUCUACUAUAUCUCCUCAGAUUACUCCCACGCCUAAGCGACCAAGGGCUAUAUCAGAUCAAAGCUCUCGUGCAAACAAACGAGGUCGUCUAACCGAAGACGACAUCAACAGAGAAACCAGCCCAGAGAACGAGGUAGGGGUCGCCCCAGAGGACGAGGUAGGGGUCGCCCCAAGUGAGGCCUCAAAAGAUGCCUCGCGGGAUGAGAACGACAGUAGCAGCCUCUCGUCUCUUACAACUGCGAUAAUUCAGCAAAGAGCUCAGCAAAAGACUAAGCAAAAGACUGAGGAAAAGACUAGAUAUAAUACCCCCUGGGCUAUACAAAAGCCUAAGGUUUACACCUCACCAUGUUUCUAUGCUAUUUUUAUUUUUAUUACAUAUUAG